CGCUCGUUAAGACCUCGCGGACGACCACCUCGCCCACUCCGCCUCACCUCUCAUCCUCGACGCACACGGAAAGAUGGCAGCCCCCACCCCGACCCUUCGCAACAUCCCGCCCGCUGAGUGCGCGCGCGUCCUGUGCUCCCCCGACGGGCCGUUCGCCAUGAGCGAGCUGACGAUCCACGGACGCAAGCAGCGCGUUUGGACGCGGCAGGUGCCCACGUUCCGCCAGCUCAUCAUGGAACGGAUGGCGGCGAAUGCGUCCAACGUGUUCCUCUCGUCGCCCGUGGCUGACCCCGAGCCGUUCCAUGCCCGCGAGACGCUCACGCACGGCGAGGCGUAUGCGCGCGCACUCGACCUCGCCGCCGUGCUCCGCGACGCCGGCGUCGGUCCCGGCACACGCGUGGCUAUCGGCGGGACGAACUGCACUGGAUGGGUGCUCGCAUUCAUCGCGCUCCACCUCAUCGGCGCCGUCCCCGUCCUCCUCAACAAUGGCUUGCACGUCGACGCCACCGUCCACUGCUUGAAGCUUACCAAGCCCGAGCUCGUCAUCGUCGACGACGCCAUGGCCAACCAGCUCGGCCCCGUCGCAGCCUCUCUCAAGGGCAAGGGCGUGGGCCCCAUCUGGUGCUGGACCUCUCUCGGCCACCUGUCCGCGCAAGCACGCGCCAACGUGACGCCUUCGCCCCCGUCUCUCGCCUCCGUCAAGGACGGCUUGUUCACCUCGGGCGUCGGCCCCGAGUCCGACGGCAUCAUCUACUUCACGUCGGGCACGACGAGCAUGCCUAAGGGUGUGCUCGUGACGCAGCGGCAAGCCCUGCACGUCGUCAUCUCGGCGCAGUACAUCCCUGCGCGCAUGGCGAUGCGCAUGGGUGCGUCGCCGCAGGAAGCGAUCGCGCUCGCCACGGCGCCCAAGCCCGACGGCGUCGCGCUCCUCUCCAUCCCCCUCUUCCACGUGCAAGGUAACCUGAACUGGCUUGUCGGCGCGAUUGCCGAGGGCUCCAAGCUCGUGUUCCUGCGCCGCUGGUCAGUCCCCGACGCCAUCAAGAUCAUGGUCCAGGAGAAGGUCGGCAAGAUCGGCGGCGUGCCCGCCAUCGCGACGUCGGUGCUCCAGAGCCCGCUCUUGCCGAAGGACUUUGAGCUGGCGCAGAGCGCGUUCGGCGGCGCGUCCCCGCCCUCCCGUCUCCCAGGCGACCUUGUCAAGCGCUGGCCCAACCUCCUCGUCGCGACUGGGUGGGGCAUGACCGAGACCAACUCGACAUGCACGGGCUCGUGCGGCAUGGAAUACGUCAACAAGCCCCUCGCGUGCGGCGCACCCAUCCCCAUCGCAGAGAUCAAGAUCGUGGACCCCAAGACGCGUGCCGAGCUGCCAGCCGGCCAGGCGGGCCUGCUCCUUUCGCGCGGCUCGAGCAUGAUGAAGGAGUACGUCAACAACCCGAAGGCGACGGCGGAGACGAUCGAUGCCGACGGCUGGCUCGAUACCGGCGACAUCGCAUACGUUGACGCCGACGGGGACCUCUACAUUGCGGACCGCGCGAAGGACAUCAUCAUCCGCGGCGGCGAGAACAUCCCGUCGGCCGAGGUCGAGCGCGCCCUCGCCCAAGACGACCGCGUACAGGAGGCGUGUGCGGUGCCGGUGCCGCACCCCGUGCUCGGCGAGUGUGUCGGUGUCGCCGUGUCGCUGGCGCCAGGCGCGACCGCCACGCCAGAGAGCAUCGCAGACGCCGUCUUCCCCCGCCUCCGGUAUCCUGCGCGCCCCGCCGUCGUCGUCGUCAGCCCGACGCCGCUGCCGUGGAACGCGAGCCAGAAGAUCCUCAAGAGCGAGGUCAAGAAGAUGGUCCUGGCUGCUUGGGAUGCGCAGGGGCGCAAGCCCAUGGUCGACCCCACAAAGUCCAGGCUGUAG